AUGGUUUCAGUUUUCUUAUUUACAAAACAAGUCUUUUUAACUUUAGCUUUAGCUUUAUUUGUUCAAGGUUUAGUCAUUCCAGAAGAACAAUCUUCAGAAUUAACUCUAGGUAAAAGAGGUAAUGGUUUCUUAGCUUUAGAUUUUGAAGUCAAAACUGAAUAUGCUCCAUUAUCAAACUCAACUAAUGCUUAUGGUGUUGUUACUGAACAAAGAGAUGGUAAAAUUAUCAAUGUUGACAUGGUUAAUAUGCAAACUUAUUAUUUAUCUGACAUCGGAGUCGGUUCAAAUAACCAAAGAUUCAAGCUCGUCAUCGAUACAGGAUCACUGGACUUGUGGGUGGCUGCAAAUAACAUUCAAUGUCAACCCCAAGAUCCGAAUUUAAAUUUGGCUGCAGACUACUGUCGUCAAAAUGGGGUGUACGACGCUUCAGCUUCAUCAACUUCUCAAAAUACUGGUCAAUAUUUUAGAAUUGGUUAUGGUGAUGGUUCAGGAGCUUCUGGAACACUUUACAAGGACGAUGUCAACAUCAAUGGAGCUGUAGUUAAAAAUGCUCCUGUGAACAGUGUAGAUUCCUCAAGUGUAAUUGGAAAUGGGGGGAUUCUAGGUGUUGGUUUCACCACCAAUGAAGCUAUGCGUCAAAAUUAUGACAAUAUUCCAGUUCUUUUAAAAAAACAGGGUUUAAUCGACAAAAAUGCUUACUCAAUUUACUUAAAUGAUCCGAAUGCUACUAAAGGAUCAAUUAUCUUUGGAGGUAUCGAUAAUGCUAAGGUCGAUGGUCAAUUAAAGACUUUACCAAUCCUUUCAAAUACCGAAUUAAGAAUUAAAUUGGACUCACUUUCUGUUAAUGGACAAAAUAUUAACAUCAACUUACCAAUGCUUUUAGAUUCAGGAACUACUUUAUCUUAUUUCCAAAGUGAUGUUUACAGCUCAAUUAUGUCAACCCUUGGUGCUCAAUACUACAAUUCAGAUAUUGGUUACAUUAUGCAAUGUAAUACUCAAGGUAAUUUAGUUUACGAUUUUGCUGGUCAAAAAAUUACAGUUCCUUACUCAGAUAUCUUAUUACCAUUAACUUAUCAAGAUGGUUCUCAAGCUCCAUUCUGUAUGGUUGGUAUAAUUCAAAGUUCAAACAAUAUUUUAGGUGACAACUUUUUAAGAAGAUCAAUUGUCGCAUAUGAUUUAGACGCUAAAACAAUUGGUGUUGCUCCAGUUCAAUAUACUUCAGCAUCAAACAUUGUUGCUUUAUAG